AUGGCGAAUUUCGGUGAAGGGAGAAGAAGAGGAACCGGAGGGAUGCUGCCGCUGCUGGCUCUAAGCGCCGUCGCGGAGUACUAUAGAUUGCCGUGGAAACCGCCGGUGACGGCGGGUCUUUUGGCCGCCAACACUCUCGUCUAUCUCAGGCCGGCUUUUAUCGAUCCCGUUAUCCCUCAGAUCAGUGAGGUCUGGUUCAAUCCCCACCUCAUCCUCAAGCACAAGGAUUUAAAACGCUUCUUUCUAUCAGCGUUCUACCAUCUCAACGAGCCUCACCUAGUCUACAACAUGAUGUCUCUUCUCUGGAAAGGUAUCAAGCUCGAGACAUCCAUGGGAAGCAGCGAGUUUGCUUCAAUGGUGCUAACACUCCUCGGUAUGUCCCAAGGAGUCACAUUGCUGUUAGCCAAAUCACUCCACGUCUUCUUCGAUUACAGAAGAGCCUAUUUCCAUGAAUACGCAGUCGGAUUCUCCGGCGUCCUCUUUGCUUUGAAAGUUGUCCUCAACGCUCAGGCCGAGGAUUACACGAGCGUGUACGGCAUCCUAGUCCCAACGCGUUACGCUGCUUGGGCAGAGCUGAUUCUAGUGCAGAUGUUUGUACCGAGCGCUUCGUUUCUUGGGCAUUUAGGUGGAAUCCUUGCUGGUAUUCUCUAUAUGAAGCUGAAAGGUUCUCACUCAGGCUCAGAUCCAGUCACUAUGGUGGUUAGAGGUGUCACCCGAGCGGUGACUUGGCCCUUGAGGUUUCUGAACAGUAUGGUCAGGUCUCGGAGGAGGAGGAUUACAGGGAGAGGAAGAGUGGGAAGAGGCCAGAAUAGGAUAGCAGGACCUGGUGUCUGGAGAUGCCAGUCGUGUACAUAUGAUAACUCUGGCUGGCAAAUUCUUUGCGAGAUGUGUGGCUCAGGAUGGGGUAGAGGAAACGGAUGGUCAGUGAAUCAGGCAACGGCACAGUCUUCUUCUACUGAUCUCCCUUUAGAUGAGCUACGCCGUCGGAGAGUAGAAAGGUUUAGUUGA